CCGCAGCUGCCGCCGUCGCCGCUCCGGCAGCGGGCACAGUCAGCACCGCGGACAGCGCCCCCACUGAGCCCCUCCGCACCCCCACCAUGACGGCGGAGACGCACCUGCAGGGCGUGGAGAUCUCGGCCGCCCAGUUCUUCGAGAUCUGGCACCACUACGACUCCGACGGCAAUGGGUACAUGGAUGGGAAGGAGCUACAAAACUUCAUCCAGGAGCUGCAGCAGGCACGGAAGAAGGCAGGCUUGGACUUAACACCUGAAAUGAAAGCAUUCGUGGACCAGUAUGGCAAGGCUACUGAUGGAAAAAUAGGAAUUGUUGAGCUUGCUCAGGUGUUGCCGACGGAGGAGAAUUUCCUGUUGUUCUUUAGGUGCCAGCAGCUAAAGUCGAGUGAAGAUUUCAUGCAGACAUGGAGAAAAUAUGACAGUGACCACAGUGGCUUCAUUGAUUCUGAGGAACUUAAGAGUUUCUUGAAAGAUUUAUUACAGAAAGCAAAUAAGCAGAUUGAAGACUCAAAGCUAACAGAAUAUACAGAAAUAAUGCUCAGGAUGUUUGAUGCAAACAAUGAUGGAAAGUUGGAGCUUACUGAACUAGCCAGGCUACUCCCAGUACAGGAAAAUUUUCUUAUUAAAUUUCAGGGUGUCAAAAUGUGUGCAAAAGAGUUCAAUAAAGCCUUCGAGAUGUAUGAUCAAGAUGGCAAUGGAUAUAUAGAUGAAAAUGAACUUGAUGCACUACUGAAGGAUCUCUGUGAAAAGAACAAAAAGGAAUUAGACAUUAACAACCUUGCGACAUACAAGAAAAGCAUCAUGGCCUUGUCUGAUGGAGGAAAGCUUUACCGAGCAGAACUGGCUCUCAUUCUUUGUGCUGAGGAAAAUUAAAACUCUUCUCUCAUGUCCACUUAACUAGUGAUGUAUUCUAUCUACACGAUAACUGUGCACUAUAAGGGAGUAGGCUGUAUUUUUAAACUGCAUAUAGAAAAUUAAACAGGAUGUGUGGCACAUUCCUUUAAGUUUGUUUCUAUAGUGUUGGUAAUGUACAGUUUUUGUAACAAUAAGAUUGAUAAAGAGAAUGUCUAUGUUUGGGCCAGUCUGUAUAUUCAAAAGAAACUAAAAAACAUGUUGGGGUUGGAUUUUUUUUUUGGCUUUUUUUUUUUUUUUUUUUUUUUUUUU